CUUCCCCUCGGUGCGCCUCAUCUUGGGCAAGGAAACUGAGGUUCCGCAAGGUCAACUGACUUCUCUGCAUAAGUGGGACCUAGGGUAGGACCUCCUUGAACAGUGUGACCCUGAUUUUCCAGAUGGAGGAUUUUGUUGUUUAGAACGCAGGUCGGAAAAUUGGAGAGCAGGCAUGUGUUGCCCACUGAAACUCCUCCUGAUGCCAGUGUUACUGGAUUAUUCCCUGGGCCUGAAUGACUUGAUUGUUUCCUCCCUUGAGCUAACGGUCCAUGUGGGUGAUUCAGCCCUGAUGGGGUGUGUUUUCCAGAGCACAGAAGAGAAACGUGUGACCAAGGUAGACUGGAUGUUCUCAUCGGGAGAGCACGCCAAGGAUGAUUAUGUGCUAUACUAUUACGCCAACCUCAGCGUGCCUGUGGGGCGCUUCCAGAACCGUGUGCGCUUGGUGGGAGACAUCUCACGCAGCGAUGGUUCUCUCCUGCUCCAAAAUGUGGAAGAGGCCGACCAGGGAACCUACACUUGUGAAAUCCGGCUUGAAAUGGAGAGCCUGGUGUUCAAGAAAGCGGUGGUGCUGCAUGUUCUACCAGAGGAAAGCAAAGAGCUCAUGGCCCAUGUGGGUGAUUCGACUCAGCUGGGCUGUGUUCUCCAGAGCACAGGAGAGAAACGCAUGACCAAGGUAGACUGGACGUUCUCAUCAGGAGAGCAUGCCGAGGAGGAGGUUAUGUUACGUUAUCACUCCAAACUCAGGGUACCUGUGGGGAACCCCCAGAACCGGGGCCGCUUCCAGAACCGUGUAACCCUGGUGGGGGACACCUCCCGCAAUGAUGCGUCUAUCAUGCUCCAAGGAGUGCGGGAGUCUGACAGAGGAAGCUACACCUGCAGUAUCCACCUGGGGAACCUGACUUUCAAGAAGACCACCGUGCUGCACGUGAUCCUGAAAGAGCCCCGAACAUUGGUGACCCCAGCAGCCCUCAAACCUGAGAUCCUGGGUGGUAAUCAGCUGGUGAUCAUUGUGGGGAUUGUCUGUGGCACUAUCCUGCUGCUUCCCGUUCUGAUAUUGAUCGUGAAGAACACCCACAGGAAUACGAGCUCAGGAACGUCCACAACCCUGGUAAAAAGCCUGGAGAACAUACAGAAGGCUGAUCCAGAGAAACAUGUUUACUCCUCAAUAACCACACGGGAGCUGAUUGAGGAAGAAGAAUCGAGUGGAAGGGCAGAGGCCACCUACAUGACCAUGCACCCAGUUUGGCCUUCUCUGAGGUCAGCCCCAAAUAACCCGCCUGAAGAAAAGUCAGCUGGGGGAAUCCCCAAACCAGAGCAAGCCUUUUGAGAAGAAAGGAGAAUUCCUUUUGUCCUUAGCAGUGGCACAGACUCUGUCCUCUGUGUGUCCCGGGUCACUGUCUGGUCAUUCCGGACCCCUGCCCCCACCCCAGCUGGUUUCCUGCCUCAUUGGUCAAAAGGCUGAAGAAGGAGGGUUCAGAACCUGGCAGAAAGACGGGACAGCUCGGGAGGAACGGGCUUCGAUGGAGAGAAGCAUGGUGGCGCUCCUGCCGGAGCGGGACACUGGCCCCGGGGACCCUGGCCGAGCCGCCGCAGUGGCCUCCUGCAUUCCAUCAGGUCCUCCCCUUGGAUGUUGGUCUCCAUGGAUGGGUCACUGGGAAGAAUCACAGAAAUCAAAACCAACCCAAAUGGUUCCUUUGGCAAAUUACCCCUAAAUAAACGUGGCUUGUGGAAAUCA